AUGCUGGCCCUGCUGCUCUGCGGCGUGUCCAUCGCGCUUCCACCCUUUGUCGCAGCAGAUGCAUGCACGGAUAUUAGGAUGUACAAGGAGACACCUUCCGCUGGCCAGCCAUUUGCUUUUAAUUGUAUAAACCUGUCUCCAACAUCUGGGAAAGUACACGUAACAUGGUACAAAUAUCCCAGCAAAAGCCCAAUAUCCAAAAGUGCACAGGCUAGAAUUCACCAGGAGCAAAACUGGAUUUUGUUUCUUCCCCUGACACAGGAGGACACUGGGAUCUACCAAUGUAUUAUAAACUACACAAACACCUGUCACAGAAUCCAUGUAAACCUAACUGUGUUGAGAAAAUAUUGGUAUUGUAUUUCUGGAAACAGUCAACUGAUUUUAUCAGAUGAAUACAAACAGAUAUUACAUGCCGGAAAAGACAGCAGCCUUACUUGUCAUCUGAACUUCCCACAGAGCUUUGUUUUGGAUUCAAUAACGUGGUACAAGGACUGUAAAGAGAUUAAAGGAGGACGGUUUACUCAUUGGAGAAUAAAGCUCUCAGUGAGCAACGUUUCGGCAGAGGACGGAGGGGACUACGCGUGUCAAGCCCGGCUGACACACAGAGGGAAGCAGUACACUGUUCUAAACAGCAUCACUGUGAAUAUCACAGAAACACAUGGAUAUGCAGGAAGAAUUCCUAAAAUCAUUUAUCCAAAAAACAAUUCAAUUGAAGUACAACUUGGCUCUCCCCUUACUGUAGACUGCAAUAUAACAGACGCAAAGGAUAAUACAAAUCUCCGAUCCUGGAGAGUCAAUGACACCUGGGUGGAUGAUUACUAUAAUGAAUCCAAACGAAUCAGAGAAGGAUUUGAGUCCUAUGUUCCUUUUCAGAAACAUAUUUUUUACACAGUGAACAUAACCUUCUCGGAAGUGAAAAUGGAAGAUUAUGGCCAUCCUUUCGUCUGUCACGCUGGGGUGUCGGCAGCAUACUUUAUUUUAAAACUGCCAGCUCCAGAUGUUCAAGCUUACUUGAUAGGAGGGCUUGUCACCCUGAUAGGUGCGGCCGCAUCUGUCACGUACAUCUACAGCAUUUUUAAGAUUGACAUUGUACUCUGGUAUCGAAGUGCCUUCCUUUCUGCUGGGACCGAGGAAGAUGGGAAGCUGUACGAUGCCUAUGUCUUAUACCCCAAGCCUCAAAGAGAAAUCCAGAGCCAUGAGGUGGACACACUGGUGUUGAGGAUUCUACCCGAGGUGCUGGAGAGGCAGUGUGGAUACAAAUUAUUUAUAUUUGGUAGGGACGAAAUUCCUGGACAAGCUGUGGCCAAUGUCAUUGAUGAAAACAUCAAGCUGUGCAGGAGGCUGAUCAUCAUCAUAGUUCCCGAAUCCCCAAGCUUUGACCUGUUAAAGAGCAUGUCAGAGGAACAAAUCGCAGUCUAUAAUGCACUCAUCCAGGACGGGAUGAAGGUCAUUCUGAUUGAACUGGAGAAGGUCAAGGACUAUACGGUCAUGCCGGAAUCAAUUCAGUACAUCAAGCAGAAGCACGGGGCCAUCCUGUGGAAGGGCGACUUCACAGAGCAGUCACAGUGCGCAAAGACCAAGUUCUGGAAAAAAGUGAGGUAUCACAUGCCACCCAAAAGGCCUCCACCAUCUUCUGUCCAGAUGCUGAAGCACAG